AUGUCUUCCACUCCCCAGGAUACCCGCCCCAUGAGCCAGCGUCUCCGCCCUCGUCGUCCUUCGACCUUCCUCACCCUGGCUCCCAUCAUCUCCAGCACCGAGCAGAAGCCCAAGGACGCUUCUGCCGAUGAGGUUGCCCUCGAGUCUCCUACUGAGAGCGUCAAGCAAGUAGAGGGCGAGCCCGCCGCCGAGGCCCUCAAGCGCCGCACCUCCAGCGUCAGCAGCGAGUCCUCCACCGUCGUGGGACUCCGUUUCCUCAGGAACCACUAA